AUGGGUUGUUGGAACCGAUCUUGGCCUCUGCUGCUGCAUAGUAUGUAUCUGGACGUAGCUAAGUGUUUGUCCUCUUGUGAAGAGACUCGGCGGCGUUUCUUGACAGCACACUCUAUUCGGCGAAAUCAAUAUCACGGCCAAUACGUCUUGAAGCCCAUUGAGGAAACGAACCAACACAUUCCUCACUUGAUUCCCCCGGAAAAAAAAACGGUCACAGCAAAGCAUACUCCGUAUUUAUGCCGCAACUACCCAUUUCCAUCAGCAUCUACUUCUCAAUCCAGCAUCCUGCAGAACCGUGUCUCAUAUCUACAACCUUCACUCACAGUUCACCAGCCUAACCAACCACAACCACCGGGCCCGGCCGCUUGCUCCGUCAUCCCAAGUCUCGUCUCCACAAGAGCUCAUGGAAACAAGUCUGGUAGCACCAAGAUCCCACAGACUUUCUUUUGCCUAUCGACAUCUGGACAAAUGGGAGUUGGCUGCCCCUCCAAAACCCCACUACACUGCCAGCUUCGGCGAGACAAAGCUCCCAGCCAUGUGAACGUCGCCGAUAAGACCUUGGCCAUUCGCGAAUCCAUCCCCCUCUUUCUAAUCCCUUGA